GAGACUCUCAACUCCAAUACGAGAAGUUUGUGCAUUUCAGUAGUCGUCCUUCAAGAAAAAGAGAGCGAUGGAAGAGGCACUGCUGCCAUAUGAAAAUGUUGAGGACACGAGAUCAAGAAAGGCGGAAACGUGCAAGCCUUAUGUGGAAGAACUGAAGAGGGUCAACAGCAUAGCACUUCCGAUGAUAGUAGCAACAGUCGCACAAUAUCUCUUGCGAGUUUCACCGAUCUUUAUGUUGGGCCAUCUUGGGGAACUCCAACUCUCUGGUGUCUCCAUUGCCACAUCCUUUUCCAAUGUUACUGGCUUCAGUGUUCUUUUUGGGAUGUCAAGUGCACUGGAGACCUUGUGCGGGCAGGCUUUUGGAGCAGAACAAUAUCAAAGACUAGGAGCUUAUACAUAUGGGGCCAUCAUGGGUCUCUUUAUGGUUUGUAUACCAAUAUCCUUGUUGUGGAUCUUCACAGACAAGCUAUUAAUACUCACUGGCCAAGAUCCUGCAAUUGCAACCGAGGCUGGCCUAUACUUGAUUUGGCUCAUUCCUACACUAUUCCCUUAUGUUAUUCUCCAGUCACUUGUUCGCUUCCUUCAGACUCAGAGUUUAAUCUUUCCAAUGCUGUAUAGUACAGUUGCAUCUCUAUGCUUACAGGUGCCCCUUUGUUGGGCUUUAGUAUUCAAGUUCAAUCUGGGGAAUACUGGAGCAGCUUUGUCCAUUGGUAUAUCAUAUUGGUUGAAUGUGAUCUUGCUUGGGCUGUAUGUGAAGUAUUCUCCUUCCUGUAAAGACUCCCGUCUUCCUUUCUCUAUGGAUGCUCUUCAAACAAUGGGGGAAUUCCUCCGUUUUGCCAUCCCUUCUGCUGUAAUGGUUUGUCUGGAAUGGUGGGCAUUUGAGUUAAUCAUAUUGCUGUCUGGCCUGUCACCAAAUCCUCAGCUGGAGACCUCUGUGCUAUCUAUCUGCUUUACUAUUGCUUCAUUGCACUACCACAUACCCUACUCUUUUGGAACUGCUGCAAGUACUCGGGUAUCAAAUGAACUUGGAGCAGGGAAUCCACAGGCAGCACGAGUAGCUCUUUGCAUGGUGCUAUUAGUAUCUGUAUCAGAGUUUCUUGUGGCAAGCACUACUCUCUUCCUCUGCCGUACUAUACUUGGAUAUGCCUUCAGUGACGAGAAAGAAGUUAUUAGCUAUGUCAAGGACAUGACUCCUCUUUUAUGCAUCUCCAUCAUGAUGGAUAGCACACAGGGCGUGUUAUCAGGGGUAGCAAGAGGAAGUGGAUGGCAGCACUUGGGAGCUUAUGUAAAUCUAGGGGCAUAUUAUCUGGUUGGAGUACCGACGGCUUUAAUACUGGGAUUUGCAUUGCAUUUAAGAGGAAUGGGUCUUUGGGGUGGACUGCUCUCUGGAGCUACGGUGCAAACUCUUUCCUUGUCUGCUAUAACAAGCCUAACAAACUGGGAAAAGCAGUCAAUGGAAGCCAGGCGCAGAAUAUUUGAAGCGCAAAAAGAAGAACCCGCUUCAGUAUGAGUAAAUUCGAGAAAAACACCAGCAUUUUUGUGUUUCCGACAUUCUAGUUCCAUCAAGAACAUCAGGCGGGGCUCCUAUUGCUGCGCGCAGUAAGAUUCUUGAACGUCUGUUUCGCGUCAAAUAGGAUUGCUACCUGUGCUAAAGACGAAAGAUGAUAAUUUUUUGUUCUCCAUUGCACAGAGAGGAGCUGAUGGUUUUCUUUUAAAUAACCGCUUGACUUUGCAAUAAUAUCGAACUUAUGAACAUCCA